GACUCCACCAUUAACAGAUGCUUCUGUUUCAAAUGCAUUUCUGCAAGAUAAGGGCCAGCUCCUUCUCCAUUGUUUCAUGAGGGUAUGGAAGAAAACUCUUAAAAACAGCUUGAUGGGUUUACUUCAGCAAGCAGAAGAAUAAACCAAAACGAGCAAAGUCGGAAAAUUAUAGCAAGUUCAAAAUAAAGUACAGAGCUCAUAGAUCAUAUAUCCAGCCCACAUCCUCAGUACGAUUGGUCAACCAUUAACAUUAUUCUGAAUCCUCGAAACAGACGAUACAACUGAUAUGAAAGCUACAACCUUUGCGCAAGACCGGACCAAAUAUCAAAAAUCUGAAACGCAAAAUGAAAAUCACAUCCACAGAACUCAAACCCUCUCAAAAAUAACCGAAAAUACAUCGGCAAAUUGGUCUUACUCCAUUAAAGACUGCAUUUCUCGGAAAAAACCCAAAACUGCAAUUUUGAUUUACACUCGCAACCGGAGAAGAGGAAGCAUUGUAAUAGGUGUGGUACCAUUAGUCCUCAAAGCCUGCGCUUGCUUUUCCUUGCUUAGUUUCGGGAAGGUGUUGCAUUCGGAAAUUGUGAAGUCGGGAGUAGAAUGUGACGUGAUGGUGGGAACAGCGUUGGUUGAUAUGUAUGGUAAAUGUCAGGAUAUAGUAAGUUCGCGCAAGGUGUUUGAUCAUAUGCCUGAAAGGAAUGUUGUUACCUGGAAUGCGAUGAUAUGUGGUUACAUGAGGAACGGUGAUACUAAGCUUGCUUCUAUUUUGUUUGAAAAUAUGGCGAGAAAGACGUCGGUCACUUGGAAUGAGAUGAUUGAUGGGUACGCAGAAAAUGGGGAUAUUGCAAUGGCGAGGCAGAUUUUUGAAAAUGUUCCCGAGGGUUUGAAGAAUGUGGGGACGUGGACUAUAAUGGUUGAUGGGUACGUGAGUAAUGGGGAUAUGAAGGCUGCGAGGGAAGUGUUUGAGAAAAUGCCUGUGAGGAAUUUUUACGUGUGGUCUGUGAUGAUUACAGGGUAUUUUAAGGAAGGUGAUGUAUUGAAAGCGAGAGAGAUUUUUAAUGCAAUGAGUAUGAGGAAUUUGGUGAUUUGGAAUUCCAUAAUUUCUGGCUACACGCAAAACGGAAUGUGUAAGGAAGCAUUGGAUGCUUUUAUGAGGAUGCGAGGAGAUGGGUUUGAGCCGGAUGAGGUUACAUUUGCAAGUGUUUUAUCAGCUUGUGCUCAAUCAGGAAUGUUGGAUGUUGGUAAAGAAAUUCAUGAGAUGAUUCUCCAGAGGAGGAUUGAAUUGAAUGAAUUUGUUCUAAAUGGGUUGGUCGACAUGUAUGCAAAAUGUGGGGAUCUAGAAAAUGCAAGAUUGAUCUUUCAAGGGAUGUCGAUCAAGAAUUCUGCUCCUUGGAAUAGUUUGAUCACAGGAUUUGCUCUACAUGGGCAGUGUAGGGAGGCCAUUGAAUUGUUUAGCAGAAUGGAAUCGUCGGGUGUAAAGCCUGAUGGUGUGACAUUCCUAUCUGUUUUAUUUGCUUGUGCACAUGGAGGUUUUGUGGAUGAGGGUUUAGAAACAUUAUCUAAGAUGGAGAAAUAUGGACUGACGGCCAACAUAAAACACUAUGGUUGUCUUGUUGAUUUGUUGGGACGAGCAGGUAAAUUGCAAGAUGCUUUCAACUUAGUAAAGGAGAUGCCCAUGGCGCCAAAUGAUAGAGUCCUAGGGGCUUUGCUUGGGGCAUGUCGAAUUCACUCCGACACACUUAUGACAGAGAAUGUGCUGGAAUUGGUAAGUAAGUUGAAUUCUUAUCAUGCUUCUCACGAUGAUGCACAUUAUUUGCUACUAUCAAACAUAUAUGCAACUUCUGAAAGAUGGGAGAUGGCUGAAGAAAUGCGAGUUGUCUUUUCAUCUAGAGGAUCUAAGAAAAUACCUGGACAUAGUGCACUUAUGUUUUAAGGCAUUUAUGAUUCUUGCCUGCAGAGAAAGCCGAAGCUUGUUCCUUUCUGUUUUGAAGGUGUA